AGACGUGGAGUAAAAGUUAUUAUUACGGGUCGUGUGAGUCACAGAUGUUACUAUAACAGUGGGUUUACUGUGAUUCCCGCUGAAUUGACGCGAUGUACCUUCUUUACCAGCAUUAUUUUUAUUUUCCGAGUAAAAAAUUGUUGUCCUGUUUAUGAGAAGUAUGCGAUUACACAUUUAGAUUUAACAAGUCGGCCCGGUCAGUUUCAUACAUCUUGCCGAAUGGUCCGAUGCUGUUGUCCUGCUUCCUGACCCUGUCGAUCGGCCUGGCAGCCUUCUGCGGUGAUAGACUUUUGGAUUUUUACACAAAUAAAAUCCUUCGGGCUUUCAUAGACAACGCUACGCACGGGGCAGUCGGCCUCCUCACCUGGGCAGUCGUCGUCGUCUCUCUACCUGAGGGAAGAAAAUAUUACAUAUUUUCUAGACUCGUAGACGUGAUCCUUUGCGGUUUUGCCGCAUGUGCAAUAGACGUUGAUCACAUCACAAAACCCUUUGUCAAGUCGCCAAAUAUCAAGAAAGACCUGUUGUUGGAACACCGGCCGUUGUUGCACUGUACAACUUUGUGGAUUGCCAUCUGCGUAAUCUGUUUCACGUUGUCAAAAAUUACAAAAACAGAGUGGCUGACAGUGCUUUGCUGGCUGUUGAGUGCGGCGUCAAUUAGUCACCACAUUCGAGAUGGUACAAGGAGAGGUUUGUGGUUCUGGCCAUUUGGUUCGACAUCACCAAUACCAUACACGAUGUACGUUACACUACUUUGCUUACUACCAUUCGCCGAAAGAGAGAUGAUGAUAUUAACCGUUAGAUCAAGAAUAACAGUAGCAGACAUUCUUAACAUACAAGUUUAACCACUGACCAUUAAAAAUAUUUAUAAAUUUUGUUAUAUUUUUGAUAAAAUAGAGAUUUUAUUUUUAAAAUAA